AUGACGACUAUUCCGCCCCAAGUCGCCGUAGUCGACUUCCACCACGCUCGGGGUCCCGAGGUCGAAUUCUGGAUCAACGAGGACGGCCGGACGCUUUCCAAGCGGAAUGACUGGUCGUUGUUGCCGUUUAUGGCGCUUUCGGAUGGUGCCCACGCCAUGGCCGAGGAGUUUAGUUACUUCACGUUGCUGGAUAGGCGCGAUGCGGCCACGGCGGAUGAUACUCACAGCCAUUCAGCGUCGAGCAGUCCAGAUAUAAAUCAUGGCAGGCCGACCUCCCUCUUCGGCAUCUCGUGCACGCGUCAGAUACGCAGCGAGAAGUUGAAACGCCGCUCCCUGGAUGUGACACGUUCGACGGUGCAGAAGGCCGUGGUGGUGGUGAGUCCGACGGCCAGAGGAAUGGGGGAGCUGAGGGAGCGGCUGGGCGCGGUGACGGCGGCGUGGUUUGCGCAGGAAGACUUCUCGGACAUUUCGAUCUUACAGGAGUUUCAAGCAAGUCUUGUCAGAGCCCCGCCUACGCAUGAGGACGGCAAGGAUCAUAACUUUGGCCUCUCUCUGCGAGAAAUGAUCUACGAGUUUCGACAUCAGACACUCGCCUUGGUCAAAUGUUUACUGCUGCAGCGGAAGAUGCUCUUCUUCGGGUCAAAGUGCGAACGCCUCUGCAUGAUGCAAUUCGCCCUUGUCUCUCUCAUCCCCGGCUUGAUAGCGAACCUGCAGGAUGCGGCGGAUCCGAGUCUCGAUUCUUAUGCGCAGAAUGCCCAACGAGCAGCGACUUUGAGGACUAGUGACAGGAAUUCAUUAUUAGCAUAUAUGGGUCUGCCACUGCAGAUAUUUGGAAAGGGCUCCUUCUUCGGCCCCUACACGCCCCUCCAACAACUCGACAUCCUCGCCGACUACGACACCAAAUCCUACGUCGUCGGCUCGACAAACAGCCUGCUCCUCCAGCAAAAGGAGAAAUACUCGGACAUACUCAUCAACCUGGACGAAUCCAACUCCAUCACCAUGACAUCUCCAUCCCUUCGAUCCGCGCUGCAACUCUCGGCCGCCGACCGCCGAUGGAUCGACUUCCUGACCCAAACCGUGCUCGACACCUGGGACCCCGACAACCCUUCCCGCCCCCGCCACAUGGGCUACGCCGGCAGCGAGGACAGCAUCCGCAUGCAAUUCGAAGAAUACAUCCUCUCACUGCUAUCGAGCAUGGCCUACCAGAUCUACCACGAGAGCCUCGUCUCCAACGCCAUUCCGGCCACUGUGGCCAACAUCCCCGACCACUUCCCCGACCCAGGCGACACGGCAGGCGACUUCAACCCGGAGUUUCUGGCCAUGUGGCGGAGCACGCACAACUUUGAGCUCUUCGACAAACUCACCUCGGGGAACCGCAUCUUUGACAUCAUCGAGCCGCGCCACCCCACGGGUGGGGCACUGGGUGUCGAAGACUUGCAGCGCAGGUUCGCCCAGGGCAUGGCCGAGCUGCACCUGGACGACCGCGUGCGCGAGGGCCGCGAACAGCUGGGGCGCACGUUGCAGAGCGGGCGCGAGCGCGUCGAGGCCGGCCUGCGCGGCGUGUGGGCCGAGGUCGAGCGCGCGCGCCAGCUCCGCCAAGCAGCGAAACGCCAGAGUCAGAGUCCAAGCCAGACACGGACGCACGCCGCCGCCGAACUCGCCGAAGACCACACGCAGGAGAAGAAGGAGAAGGAAAAUCAAGACCCGGGCACAUUAUCCCCCACGACCUCGAACUCGAACCCAAACUCAAACUCCACAGCCGUGCCCGAAACCGACGCCCGACAACCCACCUCCACCUCGCCCACGCCUCCUGAAUCCAGGUCCGGCGGCGUGUGGAGUGCGCUUGUCAUCCGAGACCGCGCCCCCAAAGUCGACACCGCGCAGAUCCAGGCCUCCGCGCGCGAGAGCGCCGUCAAGGCGGGCGCGUAUUUCAGCUCAUGGGGCACGUGGGCGAGGGAGAGGAUGCAGCAGCAGCAGCAACAACAGCAGCGGGAGCAGAGGCUCAAAAAGGGGGAACACCCCACCGCUUCUGCCACGGGAGAGGAUGCAGCCGCCAGUGGUGGUGGUGAUGAUGGUGGCAGGACGGACGAUCAUAAUGCCCGGGAUGGAGGCGUCGAGACGUUGAGAUGA